AUGCGUGAUCAACGUGCACACUAUCGACGGAAUUGGCGGCCACUGAAGCGCCGCUUGCACCUACGCUUCAUCAGCUACCAGAAGGCCUUUCUUCUUCUGCUACUGCUGCUGGUGCAACUCGCUGGCUACAUCACGUACACCUGGUACUCGCGCACACUUGCGUACAGCAAGGAUGGCCCCGCGACGGACGGCGACGGGCAGCGCAUCGUAUUCGAGGGCGAAACGGCACCACGCAAUGCUGCGGCGCUUGGCGGCUUAACCACAAGCGGACACACGUACACACCGGCGGAGCUCGAGCAGCGGAACGGCGACAUGGACUUUGUCUACACAUUUGUCAAUGGCACGGAGGUCAACCACGUGUUCCGCCGCACAGUCGUCCGGCGGUGCAUCGAGACGGUUCAGAAGUCCGAGGCGGCGUGGUACAAUACGCGCAAAAACGACGGCUCGUGGUGCCGCGGCAAGGAACUGCUCGCUGAGGCCCACACCAACGCCGACGUGCUGUCCCUCAUGGAAAANGGCAACGUAGGCACACCGUCGGCGCGCGACCGCGAGCGCGACGAGCUGCGCUACAGCAUGCGCAGUGUGGAGCAGCACAUGCGCUGGCACCGCGGCCGGCUGCGGAUCGUGUCGCCCGGCCACCACCCGCUCUGGAUCGAUGGCGCGCGCAACUUCAUGAGCACCGCCUGCCCCUCGGGCCUUCCCGAUGGCACGCGCGGCCAGCACAAGCGCGUGACGACGGUGCACCAAGACGUCGUGAUGCCGUACGGCAUGCGGCUCACGGUGGACUCGCACACCAUCGAGAUGCAGCUCUUCCGUCUGCGCAACAUGACGCCGAUUCAUGUGUUCUUCAACGACGACUACUUCGUCAACAGCGAUGUGGAGGUGAGCGAUCUGCUCAACCAACACGGCGGGACUGUUGUGCGCACCGAGCGCUCGAUGCUGCAAAAGGCGGUCCGCGCCGACAAGGGCGGCUCGUGGAUUGCCGGCGUCUACCACACGAAUCUCUUCAACGUGCUGAACCUCGACAUCAUCCCGGAAGACUUCCUGCCAGAUGCGCUCCUCAAACGCUGGGAAGAGGUCAACUACAGCGUGAUGCGGCACAUCCCCCUCGCCCCGUCCGACAGACUCGUGCACACGGCGCGCAACUACAAGCUACCGGAUCUCCCGCCCAAGGCAGUGCCGCAGCGGCCACGCUUCUUCGCCACACACGCACCAUUCGUGUACUGCACACGCAUGUUCGAGUUCCUUAACACGCGGUUUGAGCGGGAGAUAGCGAGAAACACUCUACUCCACCGCGCGCGCAAGGCACGUGAUUUUUUUACGCCGUUUGUAUAUAACGGUUUCAUCAUGGCACGCCCGUGGCAGAGCUCGCCACACUUUCUACCUUACCUCGCCGCACUGAAGUUAAGCCGAAACGCAGAUAACGCAACGGCGUCCCCGCCCCCGCCGCCGCUGCCGUUGCACGUUGAGCUAGACAACGUGGAUGCCUGCGCCCCGGCUACGCUGCUGCGGCGUCCGGCGUCACAGGCAAUCUACGCAAAGUUUGUUGAUGAUCUGGAGAAAAACAAGAAGCUGAUGGAGAGCCUAAAGGAAAGUAAACCAUUUUUCUUCAAUAUUAACGAUGGUUUCAGUACAGAAAACAGCGGCAAACAGCUGCAGAGUUUUCUCAAGGAGCUCUUCCCCACACCAAUGUAUGUGGAACGCCCCACGGGUCCAGAUGUUGACACUAAAUUCGGCACUGUGUAUAAUGAACUGAUGCAGUUGCCUAUCGUCAUAUUCGCCUCCUACAGCGAGGCAUUCUGUCCGCUUGUACGCAGCUUGCACCUCGCAAUGCCGCACUUCAACGGGUCAGUGGUGCUGGUGCGUGACACCUCAACAGCUGAGGAAGACGGCAAGGACGACCUCGCCGAUAUACGACGCCGAGUUGACUAUCGCGUUGUGAGUGGGAUGCCCGUCACGCUAUGUACAUUCGGGCCAAGGGUCGUACACGCCAAUAUCGCACCCGGGGAAUCCAUUGGCGAAGCAGUUCACGGAGCUCUGGCACAAACAGAAGCUACUGAUUCGAUGGGAAAGCACGUCAAACUGCCUGAGGAUUAUAUUGGUGGUAGUAAAGUGGCGGUGGGCGCUCUGGCCAUCGAUGCGCGCACGCGGCACGCGCUCAACAGCGAGGAGGCCCUGGCCCGCGCUCUAGAGGUGCCCGGGCAGACACUGGCUCUCGAGGACUUUGAGCUGGAGCCGCUCGACGAUGAAGGGAACUCAGUGUUGGUACUGUCGCUCGCAGAUGCGGAACGAAAGGUGGUGCACUGGAUUAACGGCGCGUCAGAGACGGACCUACUGGUCACGUUCCCACUUCCCUCUCGCAUAUACGAGGAUCUCAAUGCAGAAGUAAAGUGGUCGUUGUAG